GCUUUGAGACGCCAUAUUGGUGAAAUUGUUAAUAAUCAUCUGCUUGUAUGAAAAAUGAUUUGUGCUCAAGGCAUCACGUUGUAAAUAUUGAAUUGUAGAUCUCAUAAUGUGUAAGAUUUAAGGUUAUACAUAGGUGUUGUAACCGUUAUUGUGUGAUGUGUGUUUACACUAUGUAUUUCAAAAAACCCGCUGUUUGUAUGUAGCUGUGAUGAUAAAAGGUGGGUUGCCUAACGGUAAAAUUCACUCGCCAAAUUGAGUGAUAGCGUUCACAUUCUAUCCAUUUUGCCGGUGUUAUAUACUAAAAAAAAUGUACAACUUUAGGUAUUGUUCUGUAAGAAUUAUUUCGAAAUGCUGUUCUUACAUAUUAUGGUAUUAUGUUUAAUGUAAAUAACACAUCUGAAUGAGAAGCUUGCAAUCAGCAAGUAGUGAAUUGUCAUAUCCAUACUUGCACUGUUCUCAUGCAACGAUGAUAUAAUUGCUGUAUUUAAUCAAUCAAAAAAUAGUUGUGCAGGUCAAAUCUUUGUGAUAUGGAUGGAAAAUAAUUUUAGAAGCAUUGCAAUGAUACUAGUGCAUAAAAGAUCAAUAUGUAUAUAAGUUAAUUAUCAUUAAAUAUACUAUACAGAAUUUCUAAAAUUGAAAAGUAAUUGAAUUUAUUUCUGAAAAUUUGUGUUUAAGAUGGAUUCUGUGAUUAAUGGAGAAGUAGCAGAAAAUUCUCCUGAUAAACAGAAAGAUGCUGUUAGUGCAUUGCUUAGUUCUGUCAACAAACUAAUAGAACCUCAUCUUUCUAAAGAAGUUGAAACCAACCCUGAAGCCGAAGUGGCAGAACAUAACAAUGAAAAUUUACCUAAAGGCAAGGAUGCAACUCAAAGUAAUAACAAUUCUGUUUCUGAUUCCACUUCAGAUAGCUUUCCUGGUUUGCCAGUACCAUUUUUCAAGGAAGUUACAAGGUCUAGGACAAAAGAAAAUGGAUUGCUGAGUGAAUCAUGUCAGAGAGAAAUAUGCUCCUUAUCAAAGGAUGUAAAAUGUAGUUCUCCUUCACCUGAAGGUGAAGUAAAAACUGUAGUUGAACAAUCUAGUGAAAUAAAUGCAUGUGAAAUGUCACCUUCUUCAAAAGAACAGUCUUCAUUCAAGUUUGGUGAUAAAGUGGAAUCAGAAAUUAAAUCUCUCAAUUCUUGUGAAAUACCUUGCUCAAUGAGUGAAAUUAGUACUGUUAAUUUUUCUGUUCAAAGUAAAAAAAGUGAUAUAAAUAAUAAAGGCCUUGAAUUGGAAGAUACAACACAUUUGAUUAAUGAAACUGAAUGUAAAAAUGAAACUGAAAGCGCACGGAUUAGUUCAAGCGAACCAUCCAUUUUAAGUCAGAAGGAAGGGCUAAAUGAUAUAAAUAGUACACUCACUCUUUCAGGAAAAGAAACUCAAAUCUUGUCACCUGAUGUUACUAGAGUUAAGGAUCAUGAAGGUAUAGCUAAAUCAUCUGUAAAGCAACCAUUAAACUUUUCAUUUCUUCCCAAAGUUUGUGAUUUAGAAAGUCAAAUAAAAGAUGUAGAGAGAAACAGUUCAAAAGAAUAUCCACAUCCAUAUAAUUUUCCUUUGACUCAACCAGAGCAGCCUUUUAAGCAUACAUCAGUUCACUCACCAUCUCCUUCAAUUACAAAUACAAGUUUGGUUGAAAAUAUUACUAAUAAACCUAUGGAUUUCAAUUUACCUAAUUUCAAUUACCCACCUGAUAGUUUAAAGCCAAUUGAGUGUAAUGAGAACAAUUUUACCAAUUCUAAUCCACUUGAAAAAUUGAAUGAGCACUUAAAUUCAAUUGGAUUUGACAAAGAUCGCAUACAUUCUUAUGCACAAAUGGAAGAUAUUCCAUUGACAAAGUCUUCACAUUUUUUAACUCAAAAACCUGACCACUUUAGAAGCUGUACAAAAGAAAAUAAGGAUGACCAUGUGGGUAAUUCACAUGAUAGAUUAACUAGUGAUCCUUCUGACAGUUUUGUAUAUACAGAAAUUUCCAAAGAAGAAACUGGUUUUCCAGACGUUUUUACAGAUAUGGUAACAAUUGGUAAAUAUAUAUCUGUCAAAGGCGAUUUUACUCUCCGAAGUACAGAAGCUCUCAUUGAAAGCCCUUCCUUAGUAGCCCCUUAUCUUUUAAAAGAACCAGAUACAUUUCCUCCUAAAGAGAAAGAAUCUAAAACUGAAACUAAGGAUUUCUUUCACACAGCUGCAGGAGAGCUUCUCAUUGGAAUAGGUUUGAGUCGUGUUAAUGAGUGGUUUCACCGGGACAUGACAAGAAUAAAGAAGAGGCAAAUUAAAAGAGAAGGCAAGCUUCCUCAACUUGAAGAAGAACUUGUGCUGCAUGAAAAUCAUUAUGCUGAAGCAAAAAAAGCAAACAGUGUAUAUUCUUUUCCUUUUAAAGCAUGUAAAACAUGUGGUUUUAGUACUGAAUCAUCUAUAGUAAUGGAAGGACAUUUAUUAGUACCACACAUUACUGCACGUAGAGAAUAUCAGUGUAAUUUUUGUGAAGUUGUCAGUCGUGACCCUAAAGGAAUGUUGGACCACAUGCUAACCAUACAUAAGAAAACAGGUCGCAUUCAACCUCCUGUUCUAUUCUUUGAAUGUCCAUACUGUUCUUUCGAAAGCAAUUCUAAAGUAAAAUUGAACACUCAUUUAACAAAAUGUCAAAGAUUCUUUGAUAACGGCGUAAAUCAAGCUCCACCGAAAGACUUUGAAUACCCAGCCCUUACACCUAAACCUAUUACUGUAGCUGUUGUUAAAGCAUAUGAAAAAUCUCUGAGCUCAAUGCAGAGGGGUAGGGGACGUCCCAAGAAAGUAGAUACUAUUUCUGAUUCACUUCAGCAUAUGAAUCAGUUUUCAUCUAAUAUUAGUCAUUCACCAUUAAUUCCCAAUCAUCUACCUUCUUAUAGGCCUAGCGCAACAUCUCCUUUAACAGAUAAUAUGCCAAUACAGAAUCAGAUGAUGCCGCCUAUGCAAAUGCCUGGAAUGAACUUACGACCUGCUCACUCCAGCAAUCUAUCUCAACUUGGUGCUUCGAUGCCUCCUCCUCCUAUGCAUAUGCCUCCUCCUAAUCAUUUUUUCCAAGUUGUGAAUUCCAGUGGACAAAUAAUGCCCGUUCUAGGAAACAGUCACUUAGUCACUUCACCUUCACAAUUUCCUUUCUCAUCAACUCUUGUUAACAGCGGACAAAAGAAAUUACCUACACCGCCAUCACCAUUUUUUAAUACUUUAUUUGGAAGUGGACUGCAUCAACAAACUUCUCCCAAGAAUAUUCCUGAUAUCACCAUAACUCCACUACCUAAACUGCAAGGCCCAUAUCCUGUUCCUCUUAUCAAGCCAUCCACACCCUCAGGUAAUUCAUCCUUGCAGUCUAGUAGUUUGGUAGUGUGUGAAAUAUGUGAUGGGUACAUAAAAGACCUUGAACAGCUACGUACGCAUAUGCAACUCAUUCAUAAAGUAAAAAUUCAUCCAAAAAUGUUAAUUAGUAGACCUCCAUUAAAUUGUCAAAAGUGCCAGUGGCGUUUUUUUACAGACCAAGGUCUGGAGCGCCAUCUUUUGGGUGCUCAUGGCCUUGUAACUUCUAACAUGCAAGAAUUAGCAAAUAAAGGUAAAGAUGCUGGCUGUUGUACAAUUUGUGGAAGAGUCUAUGCAAGUAAACUGGUUAGCCAUAUGAACCAAGUGCAUAAAAUUACAUUAAAACCUGCUCACCUUUCAUAUAAAUGUACUGUUUGUUCUGCCACCUUUAAUCUGUAUAGGUUGUUUGAAAAUCAUGUGUAUCUAGUUCAUAGUGGUGCAGCCAAGCGUGCAGCUGAUGGUAGCACAAAUGCUUCCAAAAGGCUUAAAGGUCCUAAUUUUGAAAAAGACAGUUUACUUUCAGAAGAUAAUAAAAAAGAAAAAAGGACAACAAAAAGUGGAGAAGAAAAUAUAAAAAAAUGCAAAGAAUGUGGAAAUGAUAUCACCUCCGGAACACAAACUGAGAAAUGUGAGAAGUGCCUAAAAUCGUCAUAUGAACUGGUUCAGGGUACUGACACUAACCAAACUUUCAAAGAAGAGCUUAGGAAAAAAGAUAGAAGCAUUGAUAAAAUUGCUUUGUAAAUUAUAAAAUGCAUUCAAAAAAUCAUGACAAAUUAUCACAUUCAAGCUAAUGAAAAUUCAUUUUUUUAUUAUAUCAAAUAUUUUUCAAUCUGGCAUUUCAGCUGGGUAUUCAAAUACUUGGCAGUGCAAAUGAUUUUUCAUCUGUAAUGUUAAUCCAUCAUUGUGACUGUUCUGUGUAAAUAUAAUUGUGUGUUUGUCUUUGAAUUUGACACAAUGCAACUUUGUGAAUAAGUCCUCUGAAACUGUUUUUUCUAAAUUUCUUUGUACUUUGUCUCAAAUUUAAAUAUUUUUAAGUGGAAGGAAUGUGCUUUUGAACUUUCAAUGAGUAUUUCCUAAAAUGCAAAGAAGGUUAACCAAAGAAUUGGUAAAUAGAAAUGCAGCAAAUUGUUUUUUAAGCUUUUCUGUGAUUUUAAAUAUAUUUAUUUAAAAAUUUGGUGAUUAUCAUUCAGGAAAUUGGUAUCUGUUAAAUCUAAUUAAGAAAUGAUAAUUGGUAAUUUUACCAAGUCAGAAAAAGUUUUUGUUCAUUUUUUAUUUUUAGCCAAAACUUUUCAUACUCAUUUAUGGUAUUUCUGAUUGUGUAAUGUUGUUAUUCCAUAUUGAGCAUGUUAAAAUGAUGAAGCGUUAAAUAUACUUGCCCAUAAUAGAAUUUAUAAUUUCAUAGUAGAAUAAAAAUGUUAUGUUGGUUGUUUUUACUGUAAAGUUGUAGUGUGCAGAUUCCUGUUACCAUUAUAAAAUAUCUUUGCAUUAAUUUUAUGGUUUUAAUCUAAUUAAUAGUUGCUAUUUAAUUCAAUUUAGAUUCAUUCUAAGUACUUGUAAUUUGUGGGUGAUACAUAUUUCUCAGAAACUAAAGGUGGAUUGUAUGCUGCAUUUAUUUAAAUGUGCAAUUGUAAACAGACCAUAAAAUUGUACUCCAAAAUUUUUUCAUUCUGUUGCUUUUAUUGGCUUCAUUUGCAACUACAGAUGGCAGAAGUAUACAGUCAGCUCCUAAUUAACUGGGUAGUACCAGGAGCAUUGCCCACAGUUUGAGGAGAACUGACACAGGAAUAACUGUAUAUAUAUAUAUAUAUAUAAAGAUAAAUAGAAAAAUACUAUUAACAAUUUACCUGUAUUUUUAGGAGUUUAAGCUAGAAGUAAAUUCAUUUAAUUAUGUAAAUUAAAUCAAUAUUUGGAGCAAAAUGAACACAUUGUUAGUAAUGGCAUAAUAAACAUUUGUGAAGAAAUUAAGUUAUAAAUGACGUUAAAGAACAAUAUUUAUAAUACAACUUGAAGAAUGCCAUCAGUUCAAACUUGCAUAAAAAAUCAGUAAGUCAAUCUUUUUAUUAUUAUUAUUUAUUUUUUAUCGUGCAGCAUUUACACAUUAUGGAUUACAUACAAUUAAAUUAUAUGACUUGUGACUUGUCUUUCUGUGAUAUCGGAUCAAAUCCACAAAUUUUAGAGUGGCUAAGAGUGCAAGUGUUACAUCUGCCAUUGGUGUAGACUUUUGACAGGGUGACAGUACAAACUUGCUUAACUUUCCAAAUUUUGAAGGAGAAUCUCCCAAGGAACAGAGGCCCACCAGGAAUCACCUUAUAAAUAGCUGUGUCCAGGAUUUGAACUUGGGUCAAAGGCUAAGGUAGUUUUCUCCCCUUCCACCAUGCUCGUAGGAUGUCUUAAAUUAUUUUGUGUACAAAAUGUAAAUUUACAGAUAAAAGCAAUAAAAAAAAAAAAAACUAAGACAUCAUCUGCUAGUACUGCUGAGAUGCCAUGCUUUUAUUUUGUGGGCAGUUUGGAUUUGUGAUGAUAAUUUCUCCAUCACUGUACGAUAAACAAACUUAACAUUUUCUUUUAGACAGGCCCAGUUAAUGAGAAAAUGACUGUGAUAUGAUUUGUUCUGUUUCUUCCUCUUUGCCAUUUGAGUUCAUCAUUUCUAAAUUCUUUAAUGUCAUAAUGAUAAGGUAGUGACUUAGAAACAAAGAAGAUUCACUUAUAUUGCAGCUUAAUUGAAACAUUUUUCGCUGUACAUAUAUUUUUCAUAUGUAUUGCAUUGUACAUUUAAUUUAAAAUACAUAAAAAUAUAUGUUUUAUUUGCAUUUAUUACAUAUUUAAUAAUUAUCUCUUUCUCAACACCACCAUUAAUUUAGCUUAUUAAUUUUAAUGCAUGUAAGAUAAAUUAUAAAGCAUGUAUAGCUGACAUGGUUCUUUGGAAAUUUGAACCCAAAAGAAAAAGCUAUUUUACUGAGGUAAAAUACUGAAAUUUCAUUUUAUUUUUUAAGUAUGAAAUCUAAAAGUUUCUCAUGCUUAAUUAUAUAGAAUCAUAACCAACUUCUGAUAGUAAAAUUUAUAUGCAUAAUAUGAAUUUCAGCAGUCUUAAAAAAUAUCAUAAAUUCUGAUCAGAGCCUGGUUAAGAUAAUCUGGAACCAUAGGUGCAAGUGUUCCACCCCCCCUAGUAUUCGUUUUCCUUGUUUUGGGAGAACAAGAUUUUGUAAGACGUGAUUAUUUUAGGUUCCCUAAAUUCUGAGAUAUUAGGUCUGGACCUUGUUCUAGAUGUUAAUCAGGCUCUAUUUCUUUGCAGUACUUAUGAAAUUUUAGAUCUAAAACAGAUUUUUAGAAGUAUAAUUUCUAGAUUAAUUUGUUGAUUUAAGUAAUUAUACUGUGUUUACUCAAAAAUAACCCCCCUUUUUUCUUAUAUUUUGAAAUUUGUUAGGAUCUUAUAAUUGGGAGUUUUGAUAAAUGAAACUAUGGAAUGAGGGAAAGAAUUUUAAUUAUAUUAUACAGAAUAAUUACACUUUUUAAAUACUCAGUAAACCACAUAGGAAAUAACCACAUUUAUGAUAUUCUAGAUAACUCUCACUAAUUAUGUUAACCACAUCUAGUUGAGAAAUUUCAAUUUAAGUCUGUAUUUACUAUGCUACUAUACUGCCUAAAACAAAUACUGCUACUGAAAGCAUGAGAUAAGAUUCCAUGCGUGAGAAAUAAAAGAGGGAGCUGUCAGUUGAACCGCGGCUUCCAGCGCAUUUCCAAGAUGUGCGCUAUCACUGGUGGCUUUGAGUUGCGUGCAGCUUGAAUGUUUUAUGAACAUAAAAAAGCUACUCAGUUGAUCCUACUAGUAGUCAUAUGCUUGUCUCAAAGAUUAAGCCGUGCAUGUCCAAGUAUAUGCCGUAUUAAGGUGAAACCACGAAUGAUUAAUUAAAUCAGUUAUGGUUCCGUGGAUAGUACCUUACUACUUGGAUAACUGUGGCAGUUACAGAGUUUAUGCAUGCAGCAGAUCUCCUCCUACCCUCUAAUGACGAGCACUUUUAUUAGACCAAAACCAAUAAGACUUUUUGUUUCCAUAUUAUGUGGUGAGUCUGUAAAUGAGUAGCAAUGUCUUUGGGUCUAAUCUAAUUGUACCAUUGUUCUAAGGGAAUUCUGAAGGAAGAGGGAAAGUUAAGAUUCUGUUUUUCAGAAUUCUGCAUAAUGAAAUAAAUAUUCAUCUGUAUAUGUAGUUCUUAAUUUUUUUCUAGGAAUUUAAGGAGGGUCUUGUUUUUGAGUAAAUAUGGUACGUAGCUUAUGAAUGUAAUUUCAGUGUUAUUGCAUACAUCAUCUUCCUGGACAUUCCUCUGUACAAAUUGCAUCAGCCAUUAUAUUUAACACAAAACCACAGAUCAGAGUAAUGGGGCACAUAUUUGCUAUCACUUUGCUUGUUGUUUUUAUUUUAUGUGCUGAUUUUAAAUUAAGAUUGAUAAAUAAGAUAAUCUUUGGAAAUAAAGUGUCUGAAAACUA